CCAUCUUGGACCCUGGCUAGGUAAUAAAUUUCGCCGCGCGACAGCACGCUCUUCCUUGAGACGCGCCUAGCGGGGAGUGUUUCUGCCUUCGCGUCCCUCUCGCUGCCUUGUGGUCUGCGGCUCCCUCGUGGCCCGGAGCGAGGCCCGGCAGCCCGCGCUCGAGACCCGCGUCGCCAUGGCCGCGGUUCCCGAGGUGCUGCAGCAGCAGGACGAGGACCGAAGCAAGCUGAGAUCUGUAUCUGUGGACUUGAAUGUUGAUCCCUCGCUUCAGAUUGACAUACCUGAUGCACUCAGUGAAAGAGAUAAGGUCAAGUUUACAGUACACACCAAGACCACACUGCCCACAUUUCAGAGCCCAGAGUUUUCUGUUAUAAGGCAACAUGAAGACUUUGUAUGGCUACAUGACACUCUUUCUGAAACUGCAGACUAUGCUGGGCUUAUUAUUCCACCUGCUCCUACAAAGCCUGACUUUGAUGGCCCUCGAGAGAAGAUGCAGAAACUGGGGGAGGGCGAAGGGUCUAUGACCAAAGAAGAAUUUGCCAAGAUGAAGCAAGAGUUGGAAGCUGAAUAUCUUGCUGUCUUUAAGAAGACUGUAUCCUCCCAUGAAGUCUUUCUUCAGCGGCUUUCUUCUCACCCUGUUCUCAGUAAAGAUCGCAACUUUCAUGUUUUCCUGGAAUACGAUCAGGAUCUAAGUGUUAGGCGGAAAAAUACCAAAGAGAUGUUUGGUGGCUUUUUUAAAAGUGUGGUGAAAAGUGCUGAUGAAGUCCUUUUUUCUGGAGUUAAGGAGGUAGAUGACUUCUUUGAGCAAGAGAAGAAUUUCCUCAUUAACUAUUAUAAUAGGAUCAAGGAUUCAUGUGCAAAAGCUGACAAAAUGACCAGAUCUCAUAAAAAUGUUGCAGAUGACUAUAUCCACACUGCAGCCUGCCUGCAUAGCCUGGCUUUAGAGGAACCCACAGUCAUCAAAAAGUACCUGUUGAAGGUUGCUGAGCUGUUUGAAAAACUUAGGAAAGUAGAGAGUCGAGUCUCCUCAGAUGAAGAUUUAAAGCUGACAGAGCUCCUUCGAUACUAUAUGCUCAACAUAGAGGCUGCUAAGGAUCUCUUAUACAGGCGUACCAAAGCCCUCAUUGACUAUGAGAACUCAAACAAAGCGUUGGAUAAGGCCCGGUUAAAAAGCAAAGAAGUCAAGUUGGCUGAGGCACACCAGCAAGAAUGCUGCCAGAAAUUUGAACAGCUUUCUGAAUCUGCAAAAGAAGAACUAAGCAAUUUCAAACGAAAGAGAGUGGCAGCAUUUAGAAAGAAUUUAAUUGAAAUGUCUGAACUGGAAAUAAAGCAUGCUAGGGGUGGCUCAGUGGAAUCCAUUGUGUUAACACCAACAAUCAGUUGUUUCACACCCAGUGUGUAAGCCAGAAGGGCAUGCUCACAGGUCUGCCCAUUCUUGGAGAUGCCUGCUUCAAGUUCACCAGCAUCAGCAGCAACAAUCAGGACAGCAGUCAGCCUGAGAUGUGCCUGUAACCAUGUUUUUGAUGAAGUCUCUGUGUCCUGGUGCAUCAGUGAUCAUCACAUAAUACUUGCUGGUCUCGAAUUUCCACAGGGAGAUAUCAAUGGAGCUACUACCCUCAUGUUCAACUCUUGAUUUAUCCAAUGCAGGCAUACUUGAAAAAGCCCUUCCCAUCUCUGCAGCCUCCUUGUCAAAAAUUUCAAUGGUUCUUUUGUUGAUCUCAUCACAUUUGUAGAUCAGAUGGCCAGUAAUGGUAGACUUGCUGGAAUCUACAUGUCCAACUAUGAUGAUGUUGAUAUGAGUCUUUUUCUUUCCUACUUUGGCUUAGAUUUAGGGGUAGUUUUCAUGACACCAGUGUUCCGGUGGCAAACCUGUUGUGAAAAAGCCGAUUUGUUUUGUCACACCUGGGCUUUAGGCUCCAGCAUCUCUUGUUCUAAGACUAGGUGAAGGAGCAAUGGCUGUACAGAAAUGUUCUUUCCAUGGCGCAUAGUGGGAGCAUCAGAAGGGAGUGAAAAGAUGCAAUCUUUUAAGGCCUCAGCUUGGAACUGGCACAUUGUCACUUCUGCCUGCCUAUUGGUCAGAGCAAGUCACAUGGUCAAGCCCAAUGAGUCAGGGAACUGUUUUCCAUUCCCUGGGAUGGAAAUAUUUGCUUGACAAUAAUAAAUCGACUACACCUCUUCGAUCAAUUCCCUAGCCCCUCUCUCUUUGUAGAAUCAAUCCUGGAUGAACACAAGUAUUUGUCUUCUUUCUGUAUAUACCUGAGCAGCAGAACAUUGGUUGGAGGAAAACUGUGCAACUGAGCUGACUGAUUUCCCCAUAAAUGAAUUAUCUCAAGUCUCACCGGACACUAACCAUGCCAUGUCUAAAUUUUUUCCUAUUUAUUUAUGUAAUACCUUAUUGUGGUGAAAUAUGCAUAAUGUAAAAUUUAACAUCUUAACCAUUUCUAAGUGUACAGUUCAGUAGCGUUAAGUGUAUUCCCAUCGUUGUGCAACCAAUCUCCAGAACUUGUUCAUUUUGCAAAAUUGAAACUCUGUGCCCAUUAAACAAUAACUCCCCAUCCCCCACUUCCCCCAGCCCCUGGAAACUACCAUUCUACCUUCUGUUUCUAUGGAUCCGAUUACUCAUAUGAGUGAAAUGACAUCGUAUUUGUCUUUUUGUGAUUGGCUUAUUUCACUUAGCAGAAUGUCCUCAAGAUUCAUCCAUGGUGGAACAUGUGUCAGAAUUUCCUUCCUUUUUAAGACUAUAUAAUAUUCUAUUGUAUGUAUAGACCACAUUCUGUUUAUCCAUUCACCCAUCAAUGGACACCUGGCUGUGUUGCUUAUACCUUUUGGCUAUUGUGAAUAAUAUUGUUAUGAAUAUGGAUGUAUAAAUAACUUUGAGAUCAUG